GGGCGGUCGGACCGCCGGGCCGGCAGGGGGCGCCGCAGCGCGCGGCGCGGGGUGAGAGGUCGGGACGAUGGCGGCGGCCUUGGGCGAGGAGGCGCCGGACAACGAGGACUACUACGGGCUGCUCAACGUGCGCCGCGAGGCCUCCCAGGAGGAGCUGAAGGCUGCGUACCGUCGGCUAUGCAUGCUGUACCACCCCGACAAGCACCGCGACCCCGAGCUCAAAACCCAGGCUGAGCGGCUCUUCAACCUUGUCCACCAAGCGUAUGAAGUGCUUAGUGAUCCACAGACCAGAGCCAUCUAUGACAUAUAUGGGAGGAGAGGACUGGAGAUGGAAGGCUGGGAGGUUGUGGAACGAAAGAGAACUGCAGCUGAAAUCAGGGAAGAAUUUGAGCGUUUGCAGAGAGAGAGGGAAGAGCGGAGACUGCAGCAGAGAACUAAUCCAAAGGGAACAAUUAGUGUGGGAAUAGAUGCCACUGACCUGUUUGAUCGCUAUGACGAGGAAUAUGAAGAUGUGCCUGGGAGCAGCUUUCCCCAGAUUGAGAUAAACAAAAUGCACAUAUCCCAGUCCAUCGAGGCACCCCUGACUUCCACAGACACAGCAAUACUAUCUGGUAACCUUUCCACCCAGAAUGGGAAUGGAGGGGGAUCAAUUAAUCUUGCACUGAGACGAGUGACAUCUGCCAAGGGAUGGGGAGAGUUGGAGUUUGGAGCUGGAGACCUUCAUGGACCUCUCUUUGGGUUGAAGAUAUUUCGUAAUCUUACACCAAGAUGUUUCAUCACCACAAACUGUGCCCUGCAGUUCUCGUCACGCGGGGUCCGCCCCGGCCUCACCACGGUCCUGGCCCGAAACCUGGACAAGAACACGAUGGGCUACCUGCAGUGGCGGUGGGGCAUCCAGUCAGCCAUGAACACCAGUAUUGUCCGGGACACCAAAACCAGCCACUUCACUGUGGCAAUGCAGCUGGGAAUCCCCCAUUCUUUUAUGAUGGUCAGUUACCAGCAUAAGUUUCAGGAUGAGGAUCAAACACGAGUGAAAGGUUCUCUCAAGGUGGGUUUCUUUGGGACCAUAGUGGAGUAUGGAGCAGAGAGGAAGAUUUCCAGACACAGUGUUUUAGGAGCCACUGUCAGCGUUGGUGUUCCUCAAGGAGUGUCCUUGAAAAUCAAGCUGAAUAGGGCCAGCCAGACCUACUUCUUCCCUGUCCAUCUAACAGAUCAGCUGCUUCCCAGCGCCGUGUUCUAUGCCACCGUGGGACCUCUCGUUAUCUACUUUGCCAUGCACAGGCUGGUCAUCAAACCCUACCUCAGGGCACAGAAGGAGAGAGAGCUGGAGAAGCAGCGGGAGAGCACAGCCAGUGACAUCCUACAGAAGAAGCAGGAGGCUGAAGCUGCAGUCCGGUUAAUGCAGGAGUCAGUCCGAAGGAUAAUUGAAGCAGAGGAAGCCAGAAUGGGUCUGAUUGUAGUGAACGCCUGGUAUGGGAAGUUUGUUAAUGACAACAGCAGGAAGAAUGAGAAGGUGAAGGUUAUAGAUGUGACUGUGCCUCUGCAGUGCUUGGUGAAGGAUUCUAAACUCAUCCUUACAGAGGCCUCCAAGGCUGGGCUUCCAGGCUUCUACGAUCCCUGCGUGGGGGAGGAGAAGAGUUUGAAAGUGCUUUAUCAGUUCCGAGGAGUUCUGCACCAAGUGAUGUCAGCUGACAACGAGGCCCUUAGGAUACCAAAGCAAUCUCACAGGAUCGAUGCCGAUGGCUAAUGCGGGGAACACGCAUCUCUCACGGUACCUGGGUCAAUGGAAACUGCAAAAUCUCCCCUGGACGCUGCAAGUUUCAACAGAGACACUUUUAUUUUUACUGUCUGUAUAGCAGGCGGUGUCCUGGCAGUUCUGUUAGGGACAAAAGGACAGACCCUGCUGCUUCAGGCAGCUCCCAGGCAAUAUCUGAGUUGUGGCUCGGUACCCAAUAAAGCAGCGUGACUCUGAGUGCACAGUGCUUUCUGCCGAGGGGCUGAGCGGGCACCCUGCUCCCAGCUGGCCACGGCCCAUUCUGCACUCACACCUCUCUCCUGGUGCACAGCAGGGACAAAGAUCUGCUGUUCUCACUUCUCCACGUACUUCCUGGGGUAGGUAACACACCUUCUCCUUCUCAUGAGGGGAAUUUCAGUUCUCUGGCCACGUCCUAGAAGUCCCCUGUGCAAAUACUUUUGGAGAGAGGUCAGUGAUUGUUUCAAUCUCAAAUCUGUGUUUGAAAUGCACUUGUUAAGAAAAGUAUGUGCUUAAGUAUGAAUGAACUGCUCUUCCAGACAAGGACACGGUGUAUCAUAGUUUUAUUGAUUCUUCUGCCACCCACAACCAUGUAUUGUCAAGGAUUUCCAGAAAAGAGGAAAGCAAGUGAGAGAGAAGGACAGCAAUUAAUUUCAUUUGAUUCUGAUGCUGCAACUAUCUCUUAAUAUCUAAUUUAUUUCUAGCAAAAAUAAAUGUAGUUCAUAAAGUAAACCAUACCAAAGUGAGAGAGGCCAAAUGGAUAAAGAGCUGAAAAUGUAACACUCAUCUGCCCUUUCUGAAAAUCAGCAGUUAUGUCAUAGAUCCAUUGGCUUUGUCUUGCCUAGAAGCCCUGCCAGGGAUUUCCAGCAGAAGGGCAGUCCUGGGCUGGUGACAGAGCAGCUGGAAACAGCACCUUACAGAAUCUACUACACACUGGGUACAUCAGCACAUCAGAGGCUUUUGCAGAGACAAGGAAUCAUGGUGGCUGCUCCUUGGUCACAGUUUUGCUCUGGCUAAGUCCAGACCAGCCUUCACUGCUCAUGGGUGAGAGCAGAGGGGAAAACACCAAUGUCUUGGCAAUGCAGAGUUGCUUUUGACAACUCCUGCAAUAACUCCUUUCCUGACAUAGACCUGGCCCCUGUUCUGAGCAGCUGUGGUUCUCUGUACUCAGGUCACUGCACCAGGAGAAUGAGAUUUCCAAAAUAAAUGCUUUCCCUUGUAAAAAACAAGUUCAUAUUA